UUGCAUAAACGUUGUUCAUUAACAAUGGAUCUAAAAACUCUGUUAAACACUAAGAAGUCACAUUUGAAACCGUGUAAAACUAUAGUAACAAAUACACUUGGUCAAAGAUACGAAGAAGUUGGUGAAGAAAGGAAAGAAUUAUCACCUGGAACACCAUUUGUUAUGGACAAUAAACCUGACAUACGAAUUGCUAAAGUAAUACCAGGAUUGUUUCUAAGCUCGCAAGAUCCUGUUGUAAAUAUAGAGAUUUUACAAACACAUAAUAUCCAUAGCAUUUUAAGUAUUGGUAUUGAUGCACCACUUAAAUUUGACGGCAUAAAAUAUUAUUAUUGCGACUUACUAGAUUUACCCGAAGUUGAUGUCACUGUAUCGAUAGAAAAAUGUAUAAAAAUUAUAGAUGAGAAUCGGAUUGAAAAUAUUCUUGUACAUUGUAAUGCUGGUGUAUCCCGCUCGCCGACCAUUGUUAUUUCUUACUUGAUGGUAUAUGAAGGAUUAUCCUUCGAUGACGCUUACUACAAAGUCAAACAAGUUAGAGAUUGCAUCAAACCAAAUGAGGGGUUUAUAAAACAAUUACGAACAUUACAAAUGACAUGUAACGGAUAAGUGUACAAAGGAAAUUAUUAAUACUCCCAAAGCACCUAUCGUAAGGUACUAAAGAAAGGAAUACACACACACACACACACAUAUAUAUAUGUAUAUAUAUUGUUACAAUAGAUUUCAUGUAUUAUGAUAUUACGUGUACAGAGAAUAGUAUUUUAUAAUUACAAUA